AUGCAAGUCCGUCUGCUCGGCGUCUUCGUCGCUGUGUUUUGGAUGCUGGAUGAGCCGCGAAGCACCGCUGCGAUCGACGCCCGUAGGUCCUGCGGUGUUCGGACUGCAAGACACGCUCGAGUGGUUGGGGGCCAAGUGGCAUACGACGGAGAAUUCCCCUGGCUGGUUUCCAUACAGUUCGUGCCGUCAAUUGGGGAAAAUAAAUGUGGCGGCACUAUCCUGAAUGAGCGGUGGAUUCUUACGGCGGCUCACUGCUUUUACGGGUACCAGAAGUCCAAUUUCGUAGUACGCGUGGCGGAAUACAACCUUCGCACGAAGGAGCCGCGCACACCCGCCAUGACUUACACCAUCGACCAGCUGAUCCUGCACCCGGACUACCGCAAGGUGAAGAAGUACGACAACGACAUCGCACUGGUUCGGCUGAGCCGAAAGAUCAGCUACAACGAGUACGCGCAGCCCGCGUGCCUUCCGAGUCUCACACUGUCUGACACAAACGGCAUCAACGUCACCGUCGUUGGCUGGGGGCAAGUGUCCGAGGACGUUCCCAGGACUCCAGCCGUCCCACUGAAGGCGGUCCUGACUGUAUUUGACAACCAUAUCUGCAACACCUGGCUCCACAACCACUCCAUGCGAGUUCUCGACAACCACAUGUGCGCUGGUGUUGAAGAAGGUGGAAAAGAUGCCUGCCACGGUGACUCCGGGGGACCACUCCUUGCGUUGAACAACCGCCGCUACGUGGUUGUGGGCGUGGUGGCUGCGGGUGACGGCUGUGCCCUGCCCAGGACACCCGGCAUCUACACACGAGUCACGGCUUUCCUUCCUUGGAUAAUGGACUACAUAUCGCCGGACAGCGGCGACCAUGACAGUAUUCAAGAUGCUAUUUCGAUAGCCCGGAGCGAAAAUGGUGGCACGGAUCAUAGUGGCAGGCACAAAAUUGAAGUGUUCGAUUUGCAAACACCUCCCUUUGGCAGCACUGGCAUCCUUCUUGCCUUCUUUGUGCCCAGCGCAGAGCUGCUCCCUGGCGACCCGGAUGGACUUUUUCGCCUCGAUGUAGAGUCCAUUGCACUGGCCGUUGCUCAUAAGCUGCACUUCCACCUUCUGGAGCACGUCCGUCAUCCAGACGCGGCGCGCAGACGUCCAUCGCGUCACUAUCAGCGCUUGUGUUGGUCGACUCGCGUGGUCGUCAGGAAAUCGGACGUCGGAAGUACGCGGACCGUGAAGGCGCACGAAGGUAUCGGGAGUACACACAUGGCCAACCCGGUGCAUCACGACCUGCUGGUGGUAUUGACGGCGUGGCUUCUUUCCCACCCGCUUACGUCAUCCGCUGCUGCUAUAGGAAAACAAAGAAGUUACCAAUGCGGCAGGCAGAUGAUACGGGACGGGAGAAUCGUAGGUGGACAAGAUGCUUACGACGGCGAGUUUCCUUGGGUGGCGUCGCUGCGUCUUUAUGGCCAGCAUUUUUGUGGCGGAGCAAUCCUGAACAAGCGCUGGAUUAUUACGGCCGCUCACUGCCUUCGCAGUAAACCACCGCGAUCAUUCAGCGUUCGACUGGGCGAGUACAGCAUCGGGAAGACAGAGGAAGACCACGAACCACAGGAUAUCCGGCUGGUGCGCUACAUCAUCCAUCCGAUGUAUUCGCAACCCAAGCGAUACAACAACGACGUCGCCCUGUUAGAGCUCGCUCAGGAUGUCAAGUUCAACCGCUACGUCAUUCCCAUCUGCCUCCCGGAAGGGCCUCUAGAGCUCCUCGGAAAAUCAGCUACCGUCGCCGGCUGGGGCAACAUAAAGGACGUUGACAAAGAUUCCUCGGGGGACGGCUUCGCCGGGGUGAGGAAAGACAUUCUGCAGAAGGUGACCGUGCCCAUCGUUCCAAACGAAGAGUGCAAUCGCUGGUACGCCCAGUCGGGCAAGCUGGUGCACCUCCAAGACACACAACUAUGCGCCGGCUUCAAAGAAGGAAAGAAAGACGCCUGCCAGGGUGACUCCGGCGGCCCCCUAAUGUUCUUCGAUGGCUCCAAGUACGUCAUCAUUGGCGUCAUCUCCGCAGGAUUCGGCUGCGCGCGACCCUUGCUCCCCGGCCUUUACACAAGAGUGUCUGAAUACAAGCCCUGGCUCAACAAGUACAUCAAUUCGUGAAGAAAAGGCCUGCGUUUUGCUAGGAAACU